AUGACAUUGACUUCAAUAAAGCGACCGCCCUUACCCGGAGAAGAAUAUGGCGAAGGCCAAAGCCGUGUCCAGCUUAAGAAAUCAAUUUUAGAAGUAUUGGGCUUACCGGUUGAGGAUGCAUGGCUUGUACGAAAUAACAUAUACGAGGAUGUCCGCAACAGUAUGAAUGUUUGGUUAGCUAGCGAUAACGAGUUAUACUCAUUGCAAUGGUACACACGAUGUCCAGAGGAAGCAGAUUCCCGCCAAGAUUGGGUAACCUCAAUUAGCAGUCAUAACCAUCGAAAAAGCCUGAUUUGGUUAAGGUCGGAGUGUGUGUCACGCAUUCGACUAGCGAAACACGCUCUAGCACGUCAAGACGUUAACAAAGACGUUAACAAAGACGUUAACCACGAGGUAGUAGUUACUGUAGGGUGGUAUCAAGUUACGCUUACAGAGUUGUUGCAAUAUACCAAGUCGGAAUUGGAAGACCUGAUUCGUAUUUACCGGAACUGGCUGGUGCUUAUAGAGGAAGAUUACAAGAAGCUCGUAAUUAUCGAAACCGACGAUCCUUUAGUAACGGAAGCAAUGGACUUGGAUCAUUGUAUAAAAAUGAACGUAAAAUUUCAGGGGGUUGAACCACGGAUAUCAAAGACAUAUGGACGCUGUUUAAUAACGAAACGAGAUUUAAAAGCUGGAGAUCUUCUCAUCUCAAUGCCUGAAAGUAGCUUAAUAAAUUCAUACCAAGCCUUGUAUGACAGUUUCAACCACAGCUCCGAUCUCAGUGAGGAUGUAAUUAACCAUGUGAAAAUUUCAGAGGCUUUCAUUUGGUCCCUAUUACUUGGUGGAAGGUACCUUGACAACAGGAUGCUUACACCCCCGGAGUUUAUCUCCGAGCACUCUGUACUGGGCGAAUUUUUGAAGCAUCAUGAGUAUCCUGAUGCCUUCGUUCAAGAACAGUUAUUCCUUAUUCUGUUUGUUGCCUGGGAAGCCCUUAAGGGUCCCGAAUCCAAAUGGUAUCCUUGGUUGAGUUUAAUAUCUGGCUACGAAGAUUGUAUUGUGGAAGACGGAUAUGAUAACUUACUUAUAACUAAACAUAAGGAGGUCAUAGAGUUUCUAGAUGAUGAGCGAAUAACUCAGAGUGUCGAAACUGUUACCGACUGCAUCCAAAAAUUCCAUCAAUGGGUGAAAUCGUUCUUAGGAGGACUGUUUCCUAAAACGUUCGAACACGCGUUCGAUGAAGGGAAAUUAACCGAGGAGCGUCUUUUAUGGGCCUGCUGGGUAUGUGAAUCUCGGGAAUUUGAAACCCUGAUUCCGGUCCCGUUACAAUUCAUCAGUAAAUAUAAAGGAAUUGUUGAAAGCGAGGCAGAAAUGGUUCCUCUAAAAGAACAGUUCUUGGGAGAAUUUGAGGAUGCCAGAUUGAUAACAAUGGUUACAAGUAGCGCGGCUGAAGAGCAGGAGAUUGUACCGGAGCUGAAGUUGUUACCAGAUCUUCAUUACCUUACCGAGGAAGCCUUUGGCGGAAGUGACGGAAAGUCAAAUUGUAUUAUAUUGCCUAUCCGACUUGGCUGGGACGUUGCGACUAAUGAACCUGUUGACUCACUUAUUGCGUUUAGCUUCAGGUCGAAAUGCCUUACAAUUAUGCCCAUAAUUGAUUAUAUUAAUCAUUCAAGGAGGGCGCAAUGUUCACACCCUGGAUUUCACGAUAAGGAAUCGAAAAGAUUGUUAAGAGUACUUGAUGUGAAUGAACAAGACUAUCCCGUGGGGGAUGACCUUGACGUGAAGUACAUGGAUGUAAUCCAUGAACUAUUCAGUUCCAACAUUGGGCCGUGCUCGGAUGAGGUGACGAAUCAGGCGACAAAUUUGGUGCGAGAGCUGUCCCUGAGAACAAACUGCGAUAUUCCACAGGGUCAGCAGGUGUUCAUCAAUUACGGUCCCCAUGAGCCGUGGUCGUUUCUAAGGUAUUACGGGUUCAUUGAGCCGGGUCAUGAAUGCAUAACUUUACUUCUGGAACCAGAAGUAUUAUAUGACGAGAAAACCGAUCUUGAACAGCGAUCGUGUAUGCUCAAGGUAUUCAAGGUACCAGAAGAACACCUAAUUACCCUACCAGAGUAUUCUCAUGGUAAGGAGUCUAGGCCUACACCAGCUAUUACUGAAUGUCAUCCCCCCAUGAAGAUGAUGCUUGCAGCUGCUCGAAUUCUCACAUGGCCAGACGUUACUGAUUUGAUUGUGCGUCACAGCGAGGAUGAGAUUAAGAAAUUGGUUUACUCCCAGGAACUCACUGCCACCGACUUACUGGCUUUGGAAUUGCUAAUACACACUCUGAACAUUCAGAUAUUUACCAGACGAGCUGCAAAAUGUCCGCUGUCCUUUGGGAUAAAAACGAUGAGCUGUCAAAGACCAGGUGGUUUCCUCCCUGGGAAACGGCCAUGUGCGAGUUGGUUCGCUCACGGAAGCAUCUCAUUGAGUCCCUGCUAG